GAGGAGUCGGCUCCCGGAAUGGUAGGUCUGGCGCCUCCAUCUUUCCACCCCGCGCCCAGAUGGCACAAAGGGGCAGCGCCGCCCGGCCGCCGGCCUGAGCGGGGGACGAGCCCGGCACCGCCCCGAACUGCACUCAACUGGGUUUGGGAAAACCAGUGAAGUCCUCUUUACUACAGUGCUGUAGUUUGGUAUCUGCUCUUGGAAGCCCUUGUCCACCUUCCCUUUCUGACUUGAUGAUAAGCACAGCACAAUCUCUUGCCCGGAGCUGGGAAUUCUGUAUUUCCUCAGCCAUCAGGAAAACCACCUCCUUUCUUGGAAAUGUAUCUUCCAAGUGAAUCAUUCUUUCCAAAUCACAUAUGUGCGCUGUGGCUCGACCCAAACCUGGGGUCACUGCUGAAGGUGCAGCUAUUGAAAACAAUGGAGCAGCAUAAUUCACUGAAUGUGCUUCCGAAUGACGAUGCGUAUUUUAAUUGAUGAUGUCGGAAGCUAAAUCUACAAUUCCCCAUUCAUUCCAGCUUGUUAGCAACACAUAAAAUGCAAAGACCACAAUUCAGGAUCACAAAAACAUUGCUCUUACAUCUUUCUAGAUGAUUGUAGUUGCUCUGAUUGUGUUCUAUGCUAGCAGAAGCCUUCUCCAAGGUUUACUGCUGACUCUAGAGCAGCACAUCCCCUGCAUACUGGGAACUUUGGGUGCUAGCAACAUGGGCAACUCCUGUGUUUGUCGAGAUGAUAGUGGUGUGGAAGACAACGUAGAAUCCCAGAAUCAGCAAACACAGAAUAGUAGAGUACCAGUACCUGAAGCAAGAAGCCAUCCAAGGGACCCUGUAAGGCCACCCAGGAGGGGGCGAGGGCCACAUGAACCAAGAAGGAAAAAACAGAAUGUGGAUGGACUAGUGCUUGACACGCUGGCAGUAAUACGGACACUGGUAGAUAAUGACCAGGAACCUCCUUAUUCAAUGAUAACAUUACAUGAAAUGGCAGAAACAGAUGAAGGCUGGCUGGAAGUUGUCCAAUCUUUAAUUAGAGUUAUUCCAUUAGAAGAUCCAUUGGGGCCAGCUGUUAUAACAUUACUACUGGAUGAGUGUCCACUGCCAACAAAAGAUGCAUUGCAGAAAUUAACUGAAAUAUUAAAUUUAAAUGGAGCGGUUGCCUGCCAGGAUUCCUGUCACCCUGCCAAACAUCGUAACACAACUGCAGUACUGGGCUGUUUGGCUGAGAAACUAGCAGGUCCUGCAAGUAUAGGCUUACUCAGCCCAGGAAUACUGGAAUAUUUACUGCAGAGCUUGAAUUUCCAGUCCCAUCCGACGGUAAUGCUUUUUGCACUAAUAGCACUGGAAAAGUUUGCACAAACAAGUGAAAAUAAAAUGACAAUUUCUGAAUCCUGUAUUAGUGACCAGCUUGUUUUGUUAGAGAAAUGGACAGAUAAUCCAGACUAUUUAAAACGCCAAGUGGGAUUCUGUGCCCAGUGGAGUUUAGACAAUCUAUUUUUGAAAGAAGGCAGACAGUUUACAUAUGAGAAAGUUGACUUGACCAAUAUUAAGGCCAUGCUGAAUAGUAACGAUGUCAGCGAAUACCUUAAGAUCUCACCACGUGGACUGGAGGCUCGAUGUGAUGCCUCCUCUUUUGAAAGUGUUCGAUGUACGUUCUGCGUUGAUUCUGGGGUUUGGUACUAUGAAGUCACAGUAAUUACUUCAGGAGUGAUGCAGAUAGGAUGGGCCACCAAAGACAGCAAGUUUCUCAAUCAUGAAGGUUACGGUAUUGGGGACGACGAGUACUCCUGUGCAUAUGAUGGCUGCCGGCAGCUGAUUUGGUAUAAUGCCAGAAGUAAACCACAUUCCCAUCCCUGUUGGAAAGAAGGAGACACAAUAGGAUUUUUACUCGAUUUGCAAGAAAAGCAAAUGAUCUUCUAUUUAAAUGGGAACCAGCUUCCUGCUGAGAAGCAAGUGUUUUCAUCUGCUGUAUCUGGCUUUUUUGCUGCAGCUAGUUUCAUGUCCUAUCAACAAUGUGAGUUCAAUUUUGGAGCAAAACCUUUCAAGUAUUCACCUUCAAUCAAAUUUAGCACCUUUAAUGAUUACGCCUUCCUGACAGCAGAGGAGAAAAUAAUUUUACCAAGACAUAGACGUCUGGCUUUGUUGAAGCAAGUGAGUAUCCGAGAGAACUGCUGCACGCUGUGCUGUGAUGAGGUAGCAGACACAGAACUCAGACCGUGUGGACACAGUGACCUGUGCAUGGAGUGUGCCUUGCAACUGGAGACCUGCCCGUUGUGUCGACAGGAAAUACAGACUAGAGUCAGACAGAUCUCUCACAUUUCAUGACACGUGGAGAAAUAUCAUGGACUUAUUUCUAAUCAAUUCCGGCCAAUGCUGCAAGGGACAAGCAUCUCUAACCAAUCUAUACGCACAUCAAAACCAUAGCCGUGACCAGAUUUCAUGCUACGCCAUAGUUUAUCUUAGAAAUGAAAUCUUUAAUAAACUAACCCAACUUGCCAGUGCUGGGGAACUGGCUUCAACAAUAGAUAAUAGUUCAACAUUUUAUGGCUCUUGGUUAUCUCCAAGCAAGACCACAGGAGAGUGUCUUUCUUUUUCUUUCUUUCUUUCUUUUUUUCUUUCUCUCUCACCUAUCACAAGUGCUGAAAAAGAAUUUGCACUGGAAAUAUACACAAAGUACAUAAAAUCUUCUAAAACAGGGACAUUCUGUCUCAUGCUCUAAAGUCCUUAUUUUUGGCAGAAGUCAUGAAUAAAGUAAGCCAAUAUGUCUUUAAUGUAGCCUCCUGCUGGUCAGAGACUGUUUUCCGACAAUGGAUAUUAAACUGCUCAAAGACUUGAAAUCUGUACACAGACAGACUGGUUUGAAAAGAAGGUGCAGAGACUGUAGAAAAAUCCAAAUUUUUGAUAACUCAAUGAUUCCAAAGAACGUUCUGAUUUCUUUUUUUAAACUGCGGAAAAUUGGUGGUAUUUUCACAUUCAUAGUGUUUCUAAUUACUUCAAUUUCAGUACCCAUGUUUAGUGUAAGAAUUCCUCCUGAAAAUUAUUCUUUUCACUAAUUAUAAUGCUGGACGGGAGACAGUUUUAAAUUUUGGGUAUUUUUAAGGUACCAUCAAUCAUCUUUUUUUAAUCAGUAUUGUUUUUUGAAAGUUAUGUACAUUUUGAAAAUAUUGAGCUGUAUUCUCAAAAGGUCUGGAAAGAAUUCUGAGCAAAUGUAUUAAUAUUGUUUUAAACGAAUACAUGUUGUUUGAAUAGCA